GAGUCUAUACUAAAAAUAAAUAAUAACAAAUAUUUUCAUAUCUUCCGAGAGAGUAGUACCCACGAAAGCUUAACAAUAUGUUCCAAGUGUUGUGAGUUCUGCGCUGCCAAAUCAACAACCAUUCAACAACAAUCCCAAUUUCUACUCAGCAAAGGAAAUUCAUCUCUUCCUUAGGUUUUCAGGGGCAAGUUGAUUUUUCUGUAAAGUGGAUGGGAGAUUCUAAUGCGUCCAAUUUUAAUCAUCACACUGUGGUCUGAUAAUUGCUGUUAUAUCUGAAUAGGGAAAGUUGGAUGAUUUUGUAAAAUGGGUACAAGCAAUGUGAAGUCAGAAGAAGGUACCCUAGAAAAGGAAAAUGUACCUGUUCCUGCAUUUUCAGAAUCAAAAGAACAGGUGGUUCUGCAACCUGGAACUAACUGCAAGGGAAUUUUACAGAGUUCUUUGUCUUGUGGAAAUGAGGAGGAUGUUCAGGUUAAUAUUAUUGGAAGUGGGUGCAUAAUUUCUGGUGGCAAGCCAGUUGAAGAUGCUUGUGAGGAUGACACUGACACUGAGUGUUCCAGUUCCAGUUCUUUUGGUGAUACGGGAUCUGGUGUAGAAGAUGCCUUGGGCUCAGCAUUCACUGACACUGAAGUAGAAUCACCAAUGUGUGAUGAUUGGAGUAAGACUGCUGUUAGAAAGAACAAGACGACCACAGUGCAUUGGAGGAGGUUCGUUCAUCCUAUUAGGUGGCGCUGUAAGUGGAUAGAGUUGCAACUGAAGAAACUUAACUCUCUAGCACUGAAAUAUGAUACAGAGCUUGCAGCAUAUGAUUAUAUGAAGCAGCUUGAGUUUUCAAAGUUUUCAGUGGAUGAUUUUAAUGUCAAAUCAGUACCCAUAUCUGAUGGCAAUCGCAGGAAUAAAGUUAUGAAGAGAAAGAAAAGGAACAAGGCUGAAGAACGUGAUUUAUCAUCAUAUAUGUCUAGCCAUAGUAUAUUCUCUUACUAUGAAAACAAAAACCAUAGUCAUGACGCUUGUUUGGAAGAUUUCCAUGGUGAUGCCUUGAGAGGUAAUGCAGAUAACAUUGAGGAGCUCAAGUUUAAUAGUAUAUGGUCUUCUGUAGAGCAUGAAGAUAAUGAUAAAGCAGUCAAUGACAUCAUUCAAAAGAUUGAAGACCUACAGUCACAAGUUCAGAAAUUGAAAGCUCGGAUUGAUAAUGUGGUUAGUGAAAAUCCAGGAAAGUUUUGUUCUGUAACUCAAUUGAGCAUGAUUGGACCAUCUGAUGGAUUUAAUCAUUCUGGCCAUAAUUCUGCUUCUUUUGCCGGCAAUGAAAACACACUUCCAGUUAGUUUUGUUCAUCCUUCAUCACAGAAUACAUCUGAGUUAAACACCGAAGAUCUACUUUUGACUGAAAAUACUUUGUCAACUAGGGAAGGGAUAGCUCCCUUUAUUGAAACCACCAAUAGGCCCCACCUCGAGGUUCUGCAAGAAAAUAUCAAGGAUGAAAUUCUUGUACAAAAUCAGGCAGCUAAUGAAGAGUUGCAUGAUUUUGAGAAUGUUAGAAAUCAGUUUGUGGAGAAAGCAAAGGAAUCAGUUGAAGAGCAGAAAUCCAUUUCUGCCAUUCAAGUCUCAGAAUCUGAUAUGGACACAGAGAAUGCCGUUUCUACUUUGAAAGCUUCUACAUCAAAAUCAAAUAUUCGCAGGAACACAAAGAGGGGAAGGAAGAAGUCUGGUGCAAAGAGAUGGAGGCGGAGAUAACCUGGAAAACUGAAUCUGCAUGCAAUAAUUGAUUGUUUCUUGAGACAACUGGAGGAGCUGAGAAUUUAUAAAAAAUGUUGCGACAUCAUACUGUGUAAAUUCUGGUUGUGUCUGGCUUUCUUUUUCUUCCAUCAAGAAAUGAGUUCAAUUGUACAUAACGCAAAUAAGCAUAGUAUGUUCUAUUCUUAGAGGAAAUACUAUUUCUUAAUUUAGUUAGGGAUUGUUGCAUCAAGAAUUGAAUGAAUCUUCUCAGUUUGCU